AUGGCUGAAGUGAUCAUGGCGAAGGAGAGCAUUCGAUUCGUAUUCUUCCACGAUACUCGAAGCUUAGUUGCCAGAUUGUCGGGCUCAAUAUUUUAUGCAAAUGGCUUAAUAUCUUUGAUUCUUACAUGGAGAUUCAUAGGUGCUUGGGAUUGUCUAUCACAACAUUGGUUAAGAAAUGAUUUGUUAACUGGUUUGAAUGUAGAAUCAGAUAAAUAUAUUAAAAGGAAAAUCAUUUUUGUUACAACGUUUGUUAGCGUAUGCGCUAUUGUCGAACACAUAUUCAGUAUGAUAGCUGCGAUCGGCUUCAAUUGCAGUUCGGUUGAAGAAUGUUUCCGGACGUACAUUUUGAUAUCACACGGAUUUUUAUUACAAAGUUACGAAUAUGACUUAUGGUUGGCGAUUCCAAUAUUUAUUUUAAGUAAAUUGGCAACUAUUUUAUGGAAUCUACAAGAUUUGACCAUAAUAUUGAUGAGUAUGGGUCUAACAUCUCGAUACAAUAUGUUAAAUUUGUACACGAGAAAGUUAAUUCAACGUGAAUAUCAGAAAAAACAAAACUAUAGUAAACUAACGUAUCUACACAUCGAUCAAUGGCGUAAGCUCCGUCGAGCGUACGCGCGUCAGGCAAACUUAGUACGCUCUCUAGAGAGACAUCUAGGACCAUUAGUUCUGCUAUCGAAUCUGAAUAAUUUGUAUUUCAUCUGUCUACAACUUUAUUUGGGUAUAAGAAUAACAUCAAGAUCUUGGAUAAGUCGAACAUAUUAUUUGUUAUCUCUGACUUGGCUUUUAUCUAGAGCCUGUGGUGUUGUCUUAGCUGGUGCUGCUAUUAUUUUAUACUCAAAAAAGUCUUUACCUGAUUUAAAAUCCUGCUUAAGUGCCACUUACAACAUAGAGGUAAAAAGAUUAAUUACACAGUUGACUUACGAUAGUGUUGGUUUAAGUGGAAUGAAAUUAUUUACCUUGUCCAGACAAAACUUACUAGAGGUAGUAGCAACUGUUAUCAAAUACGAACUAAUAUUAUUGCAAUAUGACAAGUGA